AUGGCACAAAACAGGCAGCUCUACACGACUCUCUCUAUCCCGCUUCGAGAAAUCCGCUUGCUCCAAAUACUGCCGGACUCGGAUCCGAAUAGCCUUCAGUGCGAGCUGAGUGUUCACCGCCUCGAUGAGUCCGAAGUGGUCCACUACACUGCUCUUUCUUACUUCUGGGGACAGGAAGACCCAGCAGGACGUUGCAAAAUCGUUUUGAAUGGUCACAUCAAAUCCGUCACCCCGAACUUGCUGCUGGCCCUGCAGUCGUUUCACGAACUCGGCGAUGCUGGCUACCUGUGGGCUGACGCUAUCUGCAUUCAGCAGUCUGACUCGAAGGAGAAAAUGAGCCAAUUAUCAAUUAUGGGCGAGAUCUACGCGAGGGCCACCAAGACCGUGAUCUGGCUGGGACCGAAGGAGGAGGAUAGCGAUCGAGCAAUGGACCUGGUAGCCAAUUUACGCCAGGGUGAUCUCGCAGUUCCUCAGUUCGACACAGAGAUGACGCGGGGCCUACUUGCGGUCACAAAGCUGCUACACCGACCGUGGUGGAAGAGGAUGUGGGUAGUGCAGGAAGCCUUUCUGUCCCAAAACCCUAUCGCGCGGUGUGGAACAAGAGAGGUUCCUUUCCCGCGGUUUGUCUUCCUGAAGAAGCAAUCUGACGAAGCCUACUGGUCGAUGCAGGUAAAAUGGCGCGGCAUUACCUUAUUCGAGCGCGUGCCUUUCACAUCGUGUCUGUCCAACUGGGACGUCACCAGGGCGGAGCUGAAAUCGACGUGGAGGUCCUCUUUGUUCUCGUGGAUCAUAUCCAUGAGCGACAAGUUCGAAGCGACUGAACUGCGUGACAAAGUCUUUGCUCUUUUGGGCUUGGUAUGCGAGGAAGACCGCGCAGUUAUUCGUCCAUGUACUGAAGAUGAAAAACCGUUGCAAGAGAUCCUGAUCGACGUUGUACUACAAAGUGUGCGGUCAGAGGGACUGAUGUUUCUGAGCGUCGUCGAGCCCGAGGAUAUGAGGCCUUUCAACCUUGAGCUUCCAUCCUGGACACCAUAUUUAUUGGGUGGACAAAGCACGCAAAACUUGAUUGGAUAUAAGCCACGUUUCGGGGCGAAUUCGGAUGCAAAUCACGACGCAUGGGAAAAGCUAUUCCUAGCUUCCGAGCUUCUCUUGUUCGAUUCAGAGUCCGAAUUCAGCCAGGAUAGAGACGCCAAGCUUAUUUUUCUGGGAGGUUGUGCGGUAGAUGAGGUGACUUACACGGAUCCUAUGCCCCGUGUCAUGGAAUACCGUGGCCCAGACGAUCUCGUGGCUGCAAAACGCAAGGCGGAACGGGUGCGAGCGACCAUCGACACCAUCCAAAAAUGGGAACUGGUAGCCCUCGAACCGUCGAUCUUCCCUGCGGAUGCGCGUGAUGACGCGCAUGGGGGGCGUGAAGAAGCCUUUUGGAGGACUCUGGCCUGCGAUGGGUCGGCGACUCGAGUUAGGCCCCUGCCACUUGAUUGCGGACAUCGAUUUAAGGCGUUCAUGGGUAGGUGUCCACCGCCUGGACGAGACGUCCUUAUAAAUGAAACUCUCCAGGACGAUUGGGUCAGAGAGUACGCGGUCCCCGUGGUCGCGAAAACUAUGCACAGGUCUUUCAUUCUGACGCGUGAAGGGCGCAUGGGGCUUGCCGUUCAGGGUGUCGCAGUGGGUGACUUGAUAAUUAUAGCCAAGAGAUGCAACGUGCCGUUGAUCAUACGUCGGCGGCCAGAUCGAGGCUUCAAAUUCAUCGGUGACGCAUAUGUCCACGGCAUCAUGGAUGGACAGGCUGUCACUCAAGCAGCUAAGCAGGGGCUUGGGAUGGAGCUGUUCUGUUUGAAAUGA